UGCUAGCUUUUGAAAUGAUUAUUGUUUGCUAGCUAGCUUCAACAUCUUGGAUGGUAUAAUUACAUUAUCUAACAACUAAUCUAAUUUCAAUUCAAACGCUAGAAAAUGGGGAAGAAACACAAAAAACACAAGCCGGAAUGGAGAACAGUUGACGACUACGAAGACAAACCCCUGGAGAAACCUCUGAAGCUUGUACUGAAAGUUGGUGGAAGUGAAGUCACAGAACUGUCAGGCUCCGGCCAUGACUCCAGUUUCCACGAUGACAGGUCAGACCACGAGCGAGAACGCCACAAAGACAAAAAGAAGAAGAAGAAGAAAAAGUCUGAAAAAGACAAAGACAAGCAUGUGGAUGAUGAGGAGAGAAGACGCCGGAAGGAGGAGAAGAGGAAGAAGCGAGAGAGGGAGCAGAAUGAAUUAGAUGCAGCUGCCACCGCUGCUGUCUCCACUGCCACUGCCUCUGGCACUAUUGUGGCAGUCGAGCCCUUCAUGCUGCCAAAUGUGCCAAAGAGCAUCAGUAUCAGUAUUGGUAUGGAGCUGGAGGAGAAGAAGAGGAAGAGAGAGAGGUUUGAGAUGAACCCUGAGAUGGAUGAGUUUCACCCCAACAUAAAGGUGGAGGUGGAGCAGCAAGGAGACAGACCUGUGCGAUCAUGCAGAACACAGCAGGAGAGCGAGUGCACUCCUCGUCAGCAGCUGCUGGAACACUUCCUACGACAGCUUCAGAGGAAAGACCCCCACGGGUUCUUCUCCUUCCCAGUGACAGAUGCCAUUGCUCCUGGGUACUCCAUGAUCAUCAAACACCCCAUGGACUUCAGCACCAUGAAGGACAAGAUCACAACCAACGAGUACAAAACCAUCACAGAAUUUAAGGCUGAUUUCAAACUGAUGUGUGAUAACGCCAUGAUCUAUAACCGCCCAGAGACCGUGUACUACAAAGCUGCCAAGAAACUUCUCCACACAGGCUUCAAGAUGAUGAGCAAAGAGCGGCUCUUAGCUCUGAAGCGCAGCAUGUCUUUCAUGCAGGACAUGGAUUUCUCUCAGCAGGCAGCCAUUUUGGGGGACGAGGACAUAACAACAGAGAUACCGGUCCCUGAGGUCGUUCCCCUUCCUUUGGAGUCGGCCAAGAAGUCCAAAAAGCAGCCCGUCAAAGACAUGAAGGAAGUGAUCAGCUACCUGUUUGAGCCGGAGGGGAACGCCUGUAGCCUGACGGACAGCACGGCCGAGGAGCAUGUCCUGGCUUUGGUGGAGCACGCCGCGGACGAGGCCCGGGACCGCAUCAACCGCUACAUGCCCAGCUCCAAGAUGGGCUACCUGAGGAAAGAGACUGAUGGUUCCCUGGUCUACAACGUUGUCAAUCAGCUGGACCCAGAUGUGGAAGAGGAGGAGACCCAUCCUGUUGAUUUGAGUUCCCUCUCAAAUAAACUCUUACCUGGAUUAACAACGUUAGGGUUCAAAGACGACAGGAGACACAAAGUGACGUUUCUUAGCAGUGCCUACAACACCCAGAGCCUCCAAAACAACUCCAUCUACCCGGAUCUGCUUCCUGAUGAGAUGGACCUGCUGUACUCUGCCUAUGGAGAUGACACAGGGGUGCAGUGUGCUCUCAGCAUACAGGAGUUUGUGAAAGGGUGUGGAAGCUCCACAAAGAGGUUGGUGGAUGGGCUGCUGGAUAAGAUGACUGCUGGGGACCACUCUAAAGCGGUCUUCCAGAUACGACAGAAACGAAACAUGGCGCUGAAGCCAGACGAGACCAAGAACAGCAUCUGUGACAUGCAGGUUGCAGACGGAACAGGUCUGGGAGAGAGUGGCUCAGUGCUGGACUUCAUGUCCAUGAAGAGCUACUCGGACAUGUCUCUGGAUAUUUCCAUGCUCAACACGUUAGGUAAAAUGGUUAAGAAGGAGCCGGAGCAGGAGGAAGGCCAACAGCACUUUGACGAGGCAGCUAAGCUGCUGCAGGAGUUUCAAGAUGCCCAGGUGGACCGGGUGGGGUCCAGACCCUCCUCCAACCUGUCCUCCCUCUCCAACACCUCUGAGAGGGACCAGCACCACCUGGGGAGUCCAUCCCAUUUGGGUGUGGGUGACCAGUCAGAGAUGGUUCAUGACCCCUAUGAGUUCCUGCAGUCUCCAGAACCAGGCUCCACAGCCAACAGCUGAUCCCUACACACUGCGUCAAGACCUUACGACGUCUUGGUGUUAACCACAUCGAUCAUCUUUGACAUGAAGAGAAUCUCAGACAUGUAGAAUAAGAAACUUAUCAUGAUUGUACAGAUUUUGUUUUUAAAUGAACCCGUUGACAAUAUUGUAUUUUAAGUAUUGUAUUAUAUGCCCUCUUGAAUGUUUAUUUGUUUAUGUUGUUCUUAUUUUUGUGCUUUUUUGUGCUUUUUUUUUAUCAUACGUUUUAAUAUCUAGAUGAAUGGAAUUGUGGAGAGAGCCUCAGUGUCAGCACUUGGUGUAACACCAGAAGUCUGAUUGUGCCUGCUUUCUCCCUUCUAAAUCACCACUACUAUCAUACUGGCUGUGUUUUUACUGUCAAAACAAUGGUUGCGUGGCCUUAAUGUUUAUUUGUCAUUUUUAUUAGAAAAGGAGCAAGCAUGUUUGAGCAUUCUCAAUACUAGCCAAUUUAAGGAUGUUUCUUAUUUUUGUCUAGUUGUUUGUGUGCAGUUCCAAAAUCUAUGUACAGUACUAAACAUUACAAUGAACAGUACUAAACAAUACAAUGAAACAUG